GACUACUAGGCGUUUAAUUAAGGAAGGAUAAAGCGAAACAAUGAAUCCAACUGAAAGACACCUGUUAGAUUUCCCAGCGUCCUCCUUGUUUUUUUUUUUUUCUAAGAACAGUUACUGUCAAAGAUGUGAGGGUGUGGUAAAAUUAAUUUCACAUGUUGUAACCACUACUCUUCACAUCAGUACCAUGGACAGGAUCAGUCCAGUAUAAACUGUGCAGACCCAUGCAUUCUGGCUUGUGCCACUUACCCUGAUGUAAUUGGUCACAGUGCCUCCAUUUAUCCAACCAGACCAUGUACGGCUUGAUGACUUUGAAUCCUAGGGAGCACCAUGGUUACUCUGGCCUCUGGAGCAGGCUGUUUCCCCUCUGCCUUAGGGUAUUCUUCUCUUACCCAAAGUCAAGGCUUCCUCUGACCCCAGUCUGGGGUUGUCUUGGAGCCUCUCCCUCACUGUCACAGAGAGCGAUUCCUGUUGUCUAAGACUUCAUGAUGUAAAAGAGAGUCUUUCCUAUGACAGGGAAAGAGGUGCUCAAUCACUUAAGACACCAGAAGACAAACUGGUCGUGGUGGUGCAGGCCUUUAAUCCAUAGGCAGAGGCAGCGGAUCUCUGUGAGUUCAAGCUAGCCUGAUUUACAUAGAGAAAGAAACCCGUCUCAAAAAACAACCAACCCAGGGCUGUCACUGGAGAAGCUCCUUCCUGUCAGAAAGCCUGUGUGUCCCUAAAGGAGCUGCGAUGUUUUCUCUGGUACUUUCAAUCAGGAAGAGGCUUUAAACUUCUCUGGAGGAAAAAACACGCUAGAGCUUGAGUGACUGCAGCUGGCAAAUUGGAGUUCGUGCUUACAACCUCCAGGUGCCAGUGUCAUUGUCUAACCAGGUGAUUGCCAGCCCUGGAGCCCCAACCAUGUUGGAGUUGACUCCCUAGAGAAAGCACUACCAGGAGAGCUAGAGUGGGGCAGUGUCUUUAAAACCAUUUUUGUCAGAUGCUAAGGUAACUUUAAGACCCAGUGUCACUGGGGCAGUGGUUGUAUCCUGUGGCUAUCCCCACUUUCUAGACUAACUGCCCCUGUCCUUUGUAAUAGUGGGUCUGAACAUUCUCCUCCCAGCCCAGGGUUAGGGUGUCUAAGAUACAGCCCUCGCUGUUUUCUCCCUUCAGGGAGAAACGGAUGACUCGUCUCUGGUCUCUGGUCUCCUCUCCUGGAUCUGUAAAUUCCAUGGCCAGCAGUCUGGUGUCCCAGGUCUGACGCUUCCUUGGCUGUGGACAUGAAGAGGUUACUCCAGCCUUGGAGCCUGCUGGGCUGAGUUAGCACUUCCCUUCCACAUCCAGGAGCUCUCUCCAAGUAACAGCCCCCUUUGCAUCACCGAGAGGGGAUAGCAGAGCAGGCUAGGGACACCGCUGCAGUAGGUCGCAGCAGGGGUUCUGUCAGCACGUGUCAUCGCGUGGAUUCCCACCGUCAGGUCAGGCGGCCAGGAACUGGAAGGCAAAGGCAUUCAGAGGAGUGAAGGAUGAGCCAGCGACGCCGGUGCCCCCGCAGCUGCAGAGCGCUCCGCUGGAACUGCUGCCGCCGCUACUGCUGUCGCUGCGCACGCCUCUUGCUGCCUCCCCAGGCUGCAGCGGCCCCUGGGACCCAGAAGCCAGACUGGAGCCACAGAGAUCCAACCAGGACCCAGGAGCCACGGACUGCCGCCUGUGAGACCAGCUCCCCAGGGAGCCUGGGCAGCGCUUUGCUGGCUGCCGGUGCAGGACUGGAGACCUCUCUAGCCAGUGUGGCUGAGGAGGAAUCGGCUCUUCCCUAGUCACAGGAGCGGCCCAUCCACAUCCAGGCUUCUUUCUGGAGCAGAGGAAGUAACUCCUGUUGGGGCAGCUUAGAUUGAGCUCUACCGCUAAGGCUUGUACACCCCACCCCCUUAUUUGCAGAGCCUUCCGGUGUCAUUUCUCACCUGACAGGUUUGAGAAAAGAAAAAAAAAACCCACAAAGACAGAGCUGAGUGCAGAGCCUUGUAAACUUUGGAGGCGGGAACAUUCUCUUGAAGAGGACAAGUGGCCCCAAAUCUACCACUGUUCUUGCGCUAGUGGCAAAGCCUGUUGGUGGGACACCAGCCACAAGGCCAACCGCAAGGACCUACCAGACCGUCAUGGAGUCCGUGUUGACAGCAUCCAGUUCCCCCACAGGCCGUGUUACCUUCUCCCGUGUCUUCGGCCAACAGUGCCAGCUAAUGGAAGCAGCCGUGCAGUCAUUGCACACCCUAAAUGACCAGAUUUCCCAUUUCAUUGUCACCAAGUCGAAGGCACUGGAGGAAGACGAUGACCCCUUUCUACCCACGGAGAAAGAGACACUGAAGAACUCGAUGAUACUGAUGAGACAUCUCUUAAUGGAUGCCCAGGCCAAAAUCCUGAGCAUGAUGGAAGACAAUAAGCAGCUCGCGCUCCGCAUCGAUGGGGCGGUCCAGUCGGCCAGCCAGGAGGUGACCAACCUGCGAGCCGAACUCACGGCCACCAACCGGAGACUGGCGGAAUUGAGCGGCGGAGGCGGCGGCCCCGGCUCGGGCCCGGGAGCUGCGACCAGCGCCUCGGCAGCAGCGGUGACGGUGGCUGACUCGGCGGUGGCGACCAUGGAGAACCAUCAGCACGGAGCUCAAGUGCUCCUGCGGGAGGAAGUGGUCCAGCUUCAGGAGGAAGUCCACCUUCUCCGACAGAUGAAGGAAAUGCUGGCAAAGGACCUAGAGGAGUCACAGGGCGGCAAAUGCUCCGAGGUGCUGUCGGCCACUGAACUCCGGGUGCAGCUGGUACAGAAGGAGCAGGAGCUGGCCAGAGCCAGGGAAGCCUUGCAAGCCAUGAAAGCUGACCGGAAGCGCUUAAAGGGCGAGAAGACCGACCUGGUGAGCCAGAUGCAGCAGUUGUACGCCACGCUGGAGAGCCGCGAGGAGCAGUUGCGAGACUUCAUCCGCAACUAUGAACAACACCGCAAGGAGAGUGAGGAUGCUGUCAAAGCGCUGGCCAAGGAGAAAGACCUGCUGGAGCGAGAGAAGUGGGAGCUCCGACGGCAGGCCAAGGAGGCCACGGACCAUGCUGCGGCCCUGCGCUCCCAGCUGGACCUCAAGGACAACCGCAUGAAGGAGCUGGAGGCCGAGCUAGCCAUGGCCAAGCAGUCCUUAGCCACACUGACCAAGGAUGUUCCCAAGAGGCAUUCACUCGCCAUGCCCGGCGAGACGGUGCUCAAUGGCAACCAGGAAUGGGUGGUGCAGGCUGACCUCCCACUGACUGCCGCCAUCCGGCAGAGCCAACAGACUCUCUACCACUCCCACCCUCCCCACCCUGCAGACCGACAAGCGGUCAGGGUGAGCCCCUGCCACUCAAGACAGCCUUCCGUCAUCUCUGAUGCUUCCGCUGCUGAAGGUGACCGGUCAUCUACACCGAGCGACAUCAACUCCCCAAGACACCGGACACACUCCCUCUGCAACGGCGACAGUCCCGGCCCAGUUCAGAAGAGCCUACACAACCCUAUUGUACAGUCACUAGAGGAUCUUGAAGACCAAAAACGGAAAAAGAAGAAAGAGAAGAUGGGAUUUGGCUCCAUCUCUCGAGUCUUCGCCAGAGGGAAACAACGGAAGUCCCUCGACCCGGGCCUCUUUGAUGACUCCGACAGCCAGUGCAGCCCCACACGCCACAGCCUCAGCCUGUCUGAGGGAGAGGAGCAGAUGGACCGUCUACAGCACGUGGAGCUGGUGAGGACCACGCCCAUGUCCCACUGGAAGGCUGGCACGGUGCAAGCCUGGCUGGAGGUGGUGAUGGCCAUGCCCAUGUACGUCAAGGCCUGUGCGGAGAAUGUCAAGAGUGGGAAGGUGCUGCUCAGCCUGAGCGACGAGGACCUGGAGUUGGGCCUUGGUGUGUGCAGCUCCUUGCACAGGCGCAAGCUCCGACUGGCCAUUGAGGACUACCGAGAUGCCGAGGCGGGCCGCAGCCUGUCCAAAGCCGCCGACCUGGACCAUCACUGGGUGGCCAAGGCCUGGCUGAACGACAUUGGCCUGUCCCAGUAUUCCCAGGCCUUCCAGAACCACCUGGUCGAUGGGAGGAUGCUGAACUCGCUGAUGAAGAGGGACCUGGAGAAGCAUCUGAACGUGUCCAAGAAGUUUCACCAAGUUAGCAUCUUGCUAGGGAUCGAGCUGCUGUACCAAGUGAACUUCAGCAGGGAGGCCCUCCAGGAGCGCAGAGCCCGCUGUGAAACACAGAACACAGACCCUGUGGUCUGGACCAACCAGCGGGUGCUCAAGUGGGUGCGAGAUAUCGACCUGAAGGAGUAUGCCGACAACCUGACCAACAGCGGAGUCCACGGUGCUGUGCUGGUCCUGGAGCCCACGUUCAAUGCUGAGGCCAUGGCCACCGCCCUGGGCAUCCCCAGCGGGAAGCACAUCCUCAGGAGACACCUGGCAGAGGAGAUGAGCACCGUCUUCCAUCCAGCCAACUCCACAGGCAUCCGAGAGUCUGAGCGCUUUGGGACACCGCCUGGCAGGGCCUCCAGCAUCACCAGAGCUGGGAAAGAGGACGGUAGCAGUAACAGCAAGUACAGAACUGGCCGGCUGCCCCUGGGGAAGAUAGGAAGAGGCUUCAGCAGCAAAGAGCCUGAUUACUAUGAUGACUAUGGCUCUCUGGAGAACGAGGACUGCGGGGACGAUGACCUCCAAGGCAGGCCCGAGCAGUGUCGUCUGGAGGAAUACAGCAGCUUGGAGGUCACCAAUGUGUAAGAAAGCCAUGUGCCUCAACUCCAGAACAGGGAGGAGGAGGAGGAGCCCAGUGUCCCAGAGCCGUCCAUCCCCACUGUACAGCAUGACCCGGAGCUGAGGACAGACAGGCGUCAGAACAGAGUUCCCAGAGACGGUCACAAUUUCCAGGGGGCACCAAGGACAGAGAAUGCCCACCUUGGUGUCCUGUAUCUCUGAGGACAGAUCAUCCGGUCACCACCCAGUGGGUGGCCCGGGUGCUGCUGGUUCUUUACACUGAACCUUCAAGGACAGUCAAGGAGGGUCAGUCUUGUGGACCUGGAACACCCUGCCGGGAGGAGUAGGAAAGCCACUCAGCCUUGGCAGAGCCAGGGACACUGAGAACCAAUUGCAAAGCCAACCAGCAGCUGCCAGGUGAUGGACGCUGACCAUCAGCCCACUGGGCAGAGAACUUGAACUCUGACCUCCGCGUUCACUCAGGAAGGAUGCAAAAUGGCCUGGGCAUUGCUUCCAUUUUAAGAGCAGCACAUCAUGAGGUGGACGUGUCGGGAGCAGGAAGGGAAUCUCUGCAGGGCAGAGGGGCCUGACAGCAGCCGCCCUAGGGGAUUCAGACAUCCCCUGUCACCAGGAUGAAUGUGAUUUCCAGAGUGGGUUGGGGGAUAGCUACCGAGUUCUGUCCCAAACAGCUAUUCCAAGUGUGGGCAUAAAAUGGGAAACUGCUUGUCAUUAACCCGACCAACCCCUCUGGUGAUGUCCCUGUCAGCUGAGACAGGUAAGGUCGCCCAUGAGCUAACAGAGGUGCAAAUCUCACAGAACAAGGUCACCGGGUUGUCUGAGUGGGAUCUUUUUAGCCACAGUCUUGAUCUGCCAGUGUUUUGCUGUGUGGCUUCCUCCCAGUGACCUCACCUCUCUGUGCCUCAGUGUCUUACCUAUAAUACUUCCGGUUCCUUCCAGAGGAGCCGUGAGCAUUAACAUUCACUAACAUUUGUCCCAAGCUUUGAGCCUCUCAGGAAACAGCUGGACGGGAUGGGACGUGGGGAGGAAUGAGCCUAGUUCCACCCACAACAUUUGCAGACACCGGGCCAGUUCGAUCCAUUUUGGAUGGGAGAGAUAGGUAAGAGGGGAACGCAGAACGUUUAAUAUUGAGAGUUUUGCCUGUGGGCCUACUGGGUGCAGGGUCCAAGCUGACUGAGCAGAGCCUUCCUUGAUGACAGGGAGGAAUUCAGGGCAGCUCUGCUCUGUGCCAACUCUCCUCAGAUUCCCAGAGAUGAUAGGGGGGUUAGGGGAUAGGCACAGCCUCUGAGCCACCAAAGUCAGACUUCUGUAGCGGUGUAGAGAGCUUUUCUUUGUGGGAAGACCACACAAAGCCAGUAAACUUGAAAGUCACGGCCCCCCAUGUUAAAGACAUCUCUCUAAGGGUCCCACAGGCAUGGUCUCCCUCACAACCUGAGUCCAGGGGCCUCGGAGAUGGGGAGAAAUCUUUCUGUUUGAGGCUCAGCCUCCAAAGGACACCUGGCAGACACCAGGACUCACAGGGUCAACCUCUGGGGUGUAACCCAGCUUGGUUCAGGCUCUACAUUCCUGAGUGUUUAAAAUAUGCAUUCCCUGCCCCUGGAAUCCUGAAGCAACUGAACCCUUAGUUCAAUAAGGAGAGGGGAGGCCCUCGUCUAAUUGAAGCCAGCUGUCACUGUCAAACCAAGUCCCUAAAGGGCUACACAGCUUCUGGAGCCAGGAAUAUACUGACAGCCUUCCUGGAAAUGUUGCUGGCUUUGUGGGCUCCUUGCAAGGGUAAGGUCUAGGUAGGGAGAGACUCCACACUUUCUUCCUACAGGCUGGGAGUCAAAUAGCAUCAGGAGGCUCUUUCCCUGUGGACUCUGGGCCUCCAUCUUGUGCAUGUCUGUCUGUCUCCAUCCUCACCCAGUGGUCACUUUUAGCAGAUUCUCUAUUUCGACUCCUUACCACAGGUUGCCGGGUGACUAGAGUCAGAAGUGGAGAGAGGGGCUCUCCCCUAAGCCUGGCCUGCACAGGGCACUUAGAACAGGGAACCCUGCCAAAGACUGAGGUCAUGAAGGUAGGUGGGGUCACAGAUGUAAAUUUGAACUUCAGGACCAUGACUAAGAGCUCCAGCAGGAUCAGGACAGCCCUUUCCAGGAGGCCCAGGACCAUUUCCCGGGUUGUGGGGGAAAGUGUCUCCUAAGUGGGUGGCAACUUCUGGGUCUCACUUUACAGAAGCCAGUGUGGGUGGUGAUGUCUCCUGCCCCGUGAAAGGUCUGUAAAUGCAGGGCAAAUGAACAGUGAACUCAGUGUCCGGCACCUUCCCGGAGGGAAUUUUAACAAUGUAACAAUAAAUGCUUGACCUUGAGGCGA